AUGGUAUCUACUGUCGACUCUUUGCAACAAACUAUUAAUCACACUCCUGUAGAUCAAUUGUCAAUUAAUAAUCGUGAAGAAUCUGCUUUUAACAAUUCCUGGGCAGAUACCAUCCCCCCGAAACAGGGUCUCUAUGAUCCCGAAUACGAAAAAGAUUCUUGUGGGGUAGGUUUCAUCGUACACAUCAAAGGUGCUCCCUCUCAUAAAAUUCUCAGCGAUGCUAGCGGUAUCCUCUGCAACAUGACCCACAGAGGUGCUGUGGGUUCCGACGCGAGAGAUGGUGACGGUGCUGGUGUGAUGACGGGAAUCCCUCAUGAUUUCUUUCACCUCGAGACUUUGAGGUUGAACAUUGUUUUGCCUCCGCAAGGUCAGUAUGCCGUUGGUAACAUAUUUUUCAAACCGGAACCUGUGGUAAUGGAGGAAUGCAAGCAGAUCUUCGAGCGUAUCGCUGAAAGUUUGAAUCUCAAGGUUUUGGGUUGGCGCGAGGUCCCGAAAGACAAUUCGAUCCUCGGUCCCGCGGCAAAAUCACGUGAACCUCUGAUCUUACAGCCGUUUGUCACCUUGGCCAGCUACAACCCCUCUGCUGAGAACAAAUCCGCUCCCUAUCAGGAUGAUGCCAACACAUUCGACGAGACUUAUUUCGCCCGUCAACUUUACGUCCUCCGAAAGCAAUCCACUCACACCAUCACCGUAAAGAAAUGGUUCUACAUUUGUUCCCUGUCAAACAAAAACAUCAUCUACAAGGGUCAAUUGUCUCCCGUGCAGGUUUACAAUUACUUUCACGAUCUACACAGUGUUCACUACAAAACUCACUUUGCUUUGGUCCAUUCGCGUUUUUCCACAAACACCUUUCCUUCCUGGGAUCGUGCCCAACCUAUGCGUUGGUGUGCUCACAACGGUGAAAUCAACACUUUGCGUGGUAACAAGAACUGGAUGCGAGCUCGUGAGGGUAUCAUGAAAUCCGAUUUAUUCGGGAACGAAUUGGAACUGUUGUAUCCCAUCAUUGAGGACGGUGGAUCCGAUUCGGCGGCUUUUGACAAUGUGCUCGAGUUACUCGUGAUAAACGGUGUCCUCACCCUUCCGGAAUCCGUGAUGAUGAUGAUUCCCGAGGCAUGGCAGAACAAUCAUUCUAUGGAGCCCGAAAAACGCGCAUUCUAUCAAUGGGCUGCUUGCCUAAUGGAACCUUGGGAUGGUCCAGCUUUAUUCACCUUCUCUGAUGGUCGUUACUGUGGCGCCAGUUUGGAUCGUAACGGUCUUCGUCCGUGCCGUUUCUACAUCACCACCGACGACAUGAUGGUCUGCGCUUCCGAAGUUGGCACGAUUCUGAUUGAACCCGAGAAGGUUGUUCAAAAAGGCCGCCUUCAGCCAGGAAAGAUGUUACUGGUCGACACCGAGGAGGGUCGCGUCGUGGACGACAAGGAACUAAAGUUGUCCGUCGCUUCGCGUGAAAAUUUUCGCGCGUGGAUCGAGAAACAGAUGGUCACUUUGGGCAACGUGAUUCAGCAAAUUAAGAGUACCGGCAAUGGUAUAGAAGUCGAAUUGGACGACCUCCCUUUAUCCGAAGACCCAAGAUUACGCGCAUUCGGUUACACCCUCGAACAAAUAAAUCUUUUGGUCUUACCAAUGUUGAACAGUGGCAAAGAAGCUUUGGGCUCCAUGGGGAAUGAUGCUCCUUUGGCUUGCCUCUCAAGUCAACCUCGGUUAAUCUAUGACUACUUCCGUCAACUUUUUGCCCAAGUCACCAACCCACCGAUUGAUCCCAUUCGUGAGGAGAUUGUUAUGUCGCUGGAGUGUUAUGUUGGACCUGAAGGAAACAUUCUGGAAAUUAAUGAACAACAAGCCAAUAAACUCGCCUUACCCUCACCGGUACUCUCGAUCGAAGAAUUGAACGCCAUAAAAUGGAUGGAACGCGUCCUGCCUGACUGGAGUGUUGCGAUCAUUGACAUCACUUUUCCCAAGCAGGAGGGUGUUGCCGGAUACCUUCUUGCACUGGAGCGCGUUUGCGCAGAGGUCUCUCAGGCGAUCCAAGAAGGAUUUAAAAUCGUUAUUCUCUCCGACGCAGCGGUUAAUGCGCAGCGCGUCGCGAUAUCUUCGUUGAUCGCGGUCGGCGGCGUGCACCACCACCUCGUGCGAAGCAAACAGCGUUCGAGGAUCGCUCUCAUGAUCGAAACUGCCGAGGCACGUGAAGUUCACCAUGUUUGUGUCUUAUUAGGCUAUGGUGCCGAUGCCGUCUGUCCCUAUCUUGUGAUGGAGGCGGUCCUUAAGUUGAACCGUGAAAAUGCUCUGAAAAGUGACCUACCCAUAGAAAAGAUCAUAUCAAACUACAAGAAAGCGAUAAACAAUGGUAUACUCAAAGUCAUGUCGAAGAUGGGGAUUUCGACUUUGCAAAGUUACAAGGGCGCACAGAUUUUCGAGGCGUUGGGCAUCGACGAAAGCGUCAUCGCCCGUUGCUUUGCCGGUACUUCUAGUAGGAUAAAAGGGACGACAUUUGACAUUUUGGCGUUGGAUGCCUUCGCUUUCCACGAGCAAGGCUAUCCCACCCGCGACACUAUUCUCCCACCGGGUCUUCCCGAAGCCGGUGAAUAUCAUUGGCGCGAUGGUGGCGAACCCCACAUUAACGAUCCUUCUGGUAUCGCGAAACUGCAAGAUGCGGUUCGCACGAAAAAUCAGUCAUCUUACGACUCUUACUCUCGUAACGCCUAUGAGCAAAUCAAAAGCUGUACAUUGCGUGGCCUCUUGGAUUUCGAUUAUGAGAACUCCAAGCCCAUACCAUUGAGUCAAGUUGAACCUUGGACCGAAAUUGUCAAAAGAUUUUGUACUGGUGCCAUGUCGUAUGGUUCCAUCUCCAUAGAAGCUCACUCCUCUCUUGCCAUCGCCAUGAAUCGCUUGGGUGGUAAAUCAAAUACAGGCGAGGGUGGCGAGGAUCCGGAACGUUCCGUUCCAUUACGAAACGGUGAUUCCAUGCGUUCGGCUAUCAAACAGGUUGCAUCCGGUCGUUUCGGUGUGACGUCCUAUUAUCUUUCGGACUCUAACGAACUUCAGAUUAAGAUGGCCCAGGGUGCAAAACCCGGGGAGGGAGGUGAACUCGUUGGUGCAAAAGUGGAUGCAAACAUCGCGCGCUGCUGGGCACCCGGCACCGAAUUCAUCAUGUUCGACGGAACCGUCAAGAAGGUUGAGGAGAUUCAGCUUUGCGAUCAACUAAUGGGGGACGAUGGUACCGCUCGCACUGUCCUUGGGAUCAACAACGGUCGCGGGCAGAUGUACCGCAUUCAACCGAUCAGCAAAUGUUCAGGUGAAGCGUUUGAGGUUAACGGCGAGCACAUCCUCUGCCUCAGAAUCGGCAGUAAAUCGAAGAUCAAUAAAAAUGAAAGACAUCGUGGUGCCAAGCAUUGGGAAUAUGUGUUGGAAUGGUUCGAGCACGAGCCUGAGACUAACCGCGUUAUUAAACGUCACAAUGUCUUCAAAUAUCCAUCCAAGAAUUACCCGGACGAAGAAUCUGCCAAGAAGGCGGCCGAAGAGGCCAAAAACCAUGUACCAGAUCUUCACGGACAAGAUUUUAUUUGGGAAGUCAGCGUCGAAAAUUUCUUGAAGCAUCCAUUAUCUGUUCGAAAGGCGUGCACCUUAUACACGCCUGGACUCGUCCGCUUCCCGUCCUGCGAAGGUCAUCUCGCCGGCGUUCUCCGUGAAGUGCUCAAUAAAAAGCCAACUCUCGAGCAAGUACAAGGAGUCGCCUGGCUCAUCGGCGUGUGGCUCAGUGACAGUUCCACGAGCAGGCCAAUUUCAACGCGUAACUUCGGAAAGAUAAAGUUUGUUGACAAGGUGAGGAACAUUGUCGAAGGUAUCGAGUGCAAGGUCCAAAUCGGACACGUCGCUGGUGGCAGAGAGACGGUUGAGGGAACCUCAAGCGAUGAAGAAAUAUCUUGGUCAAUUCACAUCAACAAGGACGUCGAUUUAAACAUCAUUGGCAGUCGAUUUUCGGAGAUUUUGUGCAAACUUGGAAUUGCAAACGUUGGUGGGAAGAUGGAUGCCAACUUCAAGGUUUUACCCCGUGCCCUGAUUCUCGAUGAGCUGAACGUUCGUUUGUACCUCCUCGCCGGUCUCAUCGAUGUUAACGGAUAUUACAAGAAAAAUAGAAACACUUAUGAUUUUGGUCAACAUCACAAGCACAUUGUUGACGCCGUCCGGGAAUUAGCGAAUCUUACCGGUUUCAAUGUUAGCAAGAUCACUCGUCAAGGCGAUGUUCGACCUCUGUGGAACGUGUUGAUCGGAGGCCCGAACAUUCAUCACAUCCCGAUCGCCGCAAAGAAUAAAUCCUGUGAACGAAUUGCAGAGUGUUUCCGUCACUACAACUCCUGGGGCUUCACUGUGAUUCCGACCGGUUCAAACGAUCAAUUCUAUGGUUUCACCACGGAUGGCAACGAGCGAAUGCUCCUUCGCGACUGCACGGUGACACACAACACACGAAAGACUGUUCCCGGCGUUGGUCUAAUCUCCCCUCCACCUCAUCACGACAUUUAUUCCAUUGAAGAUUUAAAACAAUUAAUUUAUGACCUAAAAUGCUCAAAUCCUCGAGCUCGUGUGUCCGUGAAAUUGGUAUCGGAAGUUGGAGUCGGUAUCGUCGCCGCCGGUGUUGCCAAGGCCAAAGCCGACCACAUCCUCAUCUCUGGCCACGACGGUGGUACAGGCGCAUCCAGAUGGACAAGUAUAAAAUAUGCCGGUUUACCAUGGGAAUUGGGUCUAGCGGAAACUCAUCAGACACUGGUGCUCAACGAUCUUCGUGGUCGUGUCGUCGUUCAAACGGAUGGUCAGAUUAGGACCGGUCGCGACGUGGCAAUCGCUUGUUUGUUAGGUGCUGAGGAGUGGGGUUUCGCGACUACGCCCUUAAUAGCCCUAGGUUGUAUAAUGAUGAGGAAAUGCCAUCUCAACACUUGCCCCGUCGGUAUCGCGACCCAGGAUCCCGCUCUCCGAAAGAAAUUUGAAGGUCAACCUGAAGAUGUGAUAAAUUUCUUCUAUUACAUUGCCGAAGAAUGCCGUCAAAUUAUGGCCAAACUCGGUUUUCGCACUAUUAACGAGAUGGUCGGUCGCUCGGACAAGCUCAAGGUUAAUGACUCGUUGCGCAAUCCAAAAACUGACAACAUCGAUCUUACACCAAUUCUGACGCCAGCCUACACUUUACGUCCCGGAGUGGCAACCCAUAAUGUCUGCAAGCAGGAUCACAAGCUCUACAUUCGUUUGGACAAUAAGCUCAUCGAUGAAUCUGACGUAGCGUUGACCAAGAAACAACGUGUUGACAUUGAUUGCAACAUUCUUAAUACUGAUCGCGCCCUUGGUGCCACCCUGUCCUUCCACAUUUCCAAAAAUCACGGCGAAAAUGGCUUGCCCGGUGAUACGAUUCACGUAAAGAUCAAAGGCUCAGCCGGUCAGUCAUUCGGCGCUUUUGUGGCUCCGGGCGUCACCUUGGAAUUGGAGGGUGAUGCAAACGAUUACGUCGGUAAAGGUCUCUCCGGGGGUCGUCUCAUCGUCUACCCGCCCAAAAUCUCAACUUUCAAGUCAGAAGAUAACAUCAUCGUGGGCAACGUGUGUUUGUAUGGUGCCACUAGUGGUCAUGCGUUCUUCCGGGGUAUUGCCGCCGAACGUUUCUGCGUGCGUAACUCGGGUGCCGUCGCGGUUGUCGAAGGCGUCGGUGAUCACGGGUGCGAGUAUAUGACCGGGGGAAAGGUAGUGGUCCUGGGUUCGACCGGUCGUAACUUUGCGGCCGGCAUGAGUGGAGGUGUUGCAUAUAUCCUAGAUUUGGCGGAAGACUUCCGAGAUAAGUGCAAUCUUGAAAUGGUGGGCCUUGAGACUGUCAACGAUCCCAAAGAGGUCGCACUCCUACGUGGAUUGAUCGAGGAUCAUCGUCACUACACUGGAUCUGAGGUUGCCGACAGAGUUUUGAAAAACUUUAAUCAAAUACUUCCACGUUUCGUCAAAGUCAUGCCAACCGAUUACAAGGCCAUCCUGGAGAAACAAAGACUCGCGGCCGAAGAAGAAAGCAAAAAAAUACAGGUUAUCGAGCUGCCGCAAUCACAGGUCACAGCCAAGCCCGAAGAACCGUCGGUCGUGGACAUCGAAGAUUCAAUGGUCGAUGAGGAGGCAGCCAAGAAGAGACUUGAAAAUCUCGACAAACUUCGCGGUUUCAUGAAGUACAAGAGAAAAGUUGACAACUACCGAAAUCCACUAAAACGCGUCAAGGAUUGGAAAGAAAUCAACGCACGCCUCAGCGAACCCGACCUUAAAGUCCAGGCUGCCCGUUGCAUGGACUGCGGUGUGCCCUUCUGUCAAUCAGACACCGGCUGCCCAAUUGGUAACAUCAUUCCGAAAUGGAACGAACUUGUGUUCAAGGACCAAUGGCGUGAUGCACUGGAUCGACUGAUGAUGACGAAUAACUUUCCCGAAUUCACUGGUCGCGUCUGUCCGGCGCCUUGUGAAGGUGCUUGCGUCCUGGGAAUUAAUGAAGCACCUGUCAGCAUAAAGUCCAUUGAGGCAGCGAUCAUCGACAAAGGUUUUGAGAUGGGAUGGAUUGUUCCGAAGAUACCGGCAAUUAGAACCGGAAAGAAGGUAGCCAUUAUCGGCUCUGGACCUGCUGGUCUUGCCGCCGCCGAUCAAUUGAAUAAGGCUGGUCACAAGGUCACGGUAUACGAUCGCAACGAUCGAUUUGGUGGAUUGCUAAUGUAUGGCAUUCCGAACAUGAAGUUAGACAAGAAGGUUGUUCAACGACGUAUUAACCUUUUAUCAGAGGAAGGAAUCAAGUUUGUCGCAAAUGCACAUGUCGGAGAGAACGUCGACGCAGCAAGAGUUCGGCGUGAGAAUGACGCGUUAAUAGUGGCUACUGGUGCGACAUGGCCCCGAGAUUUAAAAAUACCGAAUCGUAAUUUGGACGGAAUUCAUUUUGCCAUGGAAUUUUUACAGUUGAACACGCAAUCUCUCCUGGACUCCAAUCUUCAGGAUAACAGAUAUAUCAGUGCGAAAGAUAAGGAUGUCGUGGUGAUAGGUGGCGGUGACACCGGUACUGAUUGCAUAGGGACAUCGCUCCGUCAUGGUGCGAAAUCUAUCGUGAACUUUGAAUUACUUCCGCAACCCCCGGCAACCCGUGACAAAAGUUCAAACCCUUGGCCAACCUUCCCGAGAACGUUUAAAGUUGAUUAUGGUCAUGCCGAAGUCAAGAUGCAAUUUGGCAAGGAUCCGCGUGAAUUCUGUGUUCUCACAAAAGAGUUUGUAUCCGAUGGAAAUGGGCGUGUAUGUGGAAUCAAUACGGUUCGCGUGGAAUGGACAAAAGAUGAGAGUGGCAAGUGGUCCAUGAAGGAAAUACCGGGCAGCGAACAACAUUUCAAAGCAGAUUUAGUUUUAUUGGCCAUGGGAUUCUUGGGACCCGAAGAGAAGUUAAUCAAAAGUCUGGGAUUAAAAACGGAUUCGCGCACAAACAUUGAAACACCCAAGGGGAAAUAUUCCACCGCGGUUCCCGGCAUAUUCGCUGCCGGUGACGCUCGUCGUGGACAGAGUUUAAUCGUGUGGGGUAUCAAUGAAGGUAGGCAGGCAGCAAGAGAGGUCGACCAAUACUUGAUGGGUGAUACAAUGUUACCUUCCGCCGGCGGCAUAAAACAACGCACCUUGGAGUCGCUGUCGCACAAAUCGCGUCCCGGUCUGGUAGCGCUCACUAGUUAA